AUGGGAAGAGGAAGCUUGCUUUCGGAUUUCGAGGAAGGUCAAAUCCUCGCGAAAAAGGAGCAGGGAUUGUCAAAUCGCAGAAUCGCGCGAGAUUUGGGUCGAUCUCACGCAGUUGUGGAUAACUUCAUCAAGAAUCCUGAAGAAUAUGGAACCAGAAGAAGUGCUGGACGUCCUUCGCUCCUUUCCGACAGAGACAAGCGCCGUAUUUUGAGGGAAGCGUUGAACUCCACCGAGUCCUGCAUGGAAAUCCGAUCUUCACUGAACCUCAAUGUCUCAAAGGACACUGUUUGGAGGGUCAUCAGAAAGUCUCAGUUCAUCGUCAAGAGGAAAAUGCAUAAGGCACCCUUCAUGACAAAAAAAACAUCGAGGAAAUCGGGUCGCUUUCCCCGGAGAGUGCAGCCGAACCGAAUGGAAUAA